AUGACCCAUACCACCACUAAUACUAAUACUACUAAUGAUAAGUCUGUUAUUGCAUCUCAAGAUGUGGCUCAAGAUUUGAACAUACUGAAAAGUAACAAUAUCACUCAUAUAUUAAAUUUAGCAUAUGGACAACCAAAUCAGUUUUGCAGUUAUUUUGUUUAUAAAAAGUUAAAUGUCAGGGAUGAUCCAGAAGAGAAUAUAAAGCUGUAUUUUGAAGAAUGCUUUAAUUUUAUAGAUGCUGGUCUUCAAAAUGGUUGUACUUUAGUUCAUUGUAAUGCUGGAGUAUCCAGAGCAGCAACAAUUGUCAUUGGAUAUUUAAUGAAUCGUCAAAAGAUGACACUUAAAGAGGCAUGUCAACAUGUAAAAAAUGCCAGAUCUUCCAUUAAGCCAAACAAUGGUUUUAUGAAACAGUUGAAAGAAUAUGAAACAGAAUUGUAUAGUAAUGUAUUAAAUAAUAAAGAAUUGAAAAACUGA